AUGGCAAAUUUAUCAUUUUUGAUAUUCCUGGCACUUGAGAACUGUGAGCUGUUCGGUGAAUUCCCAGCAAGAACUUUCAAAUUACAAAACCUACGUCAUCUGAAUGUGGAACACAACCAGGGUCUUACUGGUUAUAUGCCUGAACUUAAUCGAAGUAGUCUUCUCAUGUCACUGAGACUUGGGUAUACUAGGAUUUUCGUAAACUUGCGUUCAAUCGCAAAGCUUGAUUUGUUGCAAGAAUUGGAUGCGCCUGCAUGCAAUUUUUCAGAAGGGUUGGUUCCAGUUUCACUAGGUAAUCUUAGGCAGGUCACUUAUCUUGACAUUUCUGCAAACCAAUUUGGAGGUCCAAUUCCUGAUUCGUUGGCAAACCUUACCCAGCUCACUCAUCUUUUGCUUCAAGAAAAUCAGUUCACUGGUCCAAUCCCACCUUGGCUAGGUAACCUUACUAGACUAACUCAUCUAAAUUUUGAUAGAAAUAAAUUAAAUAGUUCCAUUCCCAAGUCACUAUCCAAUCUCAUGAAUCUCCAGCGACUUCAUCUAUAUGAAAAUAGACUCAGCGGUACAGUUGAGUUUCACAUGUUUCUCAAGCUACACAAUCUCAAGGAACUCCUUCUAGGUUAUAAUAAUUUAUACUUGCUCAUUGAAUCGAGAACUAUGAACGUAACUAUUCCACAGUUCAGGAGUCUGGGACUGGGUUCAUGCAACCUAAGAGGGUUCCCAGAUUUCCUGAGAUAUCAAGAAAACUUGCAGUGGUUGGGGCUUCAUGGAAACAAAAUACGUGGCCAAGUACCGAAAUGGAUCUGGAAUGCAAGCACAGAAACUUUGAAGUACAUCGACAUGUCAUCCAACAUGCUAUUCGGAGAACUACCUAUACCUUCGCCAAAUGUCGAAUACUAUCAAAUUUCAAACAACCUCUUAACUGGACAAGUUUCACCAUUGAUUUGCAGUUUGAGGCAACUUCAGUUUCUUGAUUUGUCGAAUAACAGAUUGAGUGGCACGCUUCCGCAGUGUCUUGGGAACUUCAGUAAUGGUCUGCAAGUUUUGAAUCUUGGGAACAACUCUUUUCAUGGCAUUCUUCCUCAAACAUAUACCAUGGCUAGCAGAAGCAAUCUGAGAAUGAUUGAUGUUAGUCAUAACCAAUUGCAAGGGCAACUACCAAGGUCAUUGGCGAAUUGUGUGAUGCUUGAGUUUAUGGUGCUGUCAAGAAAUAAAUUCAAUGACGUUUUCCCCUUGUGGCUUGGGACUCUCCCAAGGUUAAAAAUUUUAGCCAUGGACCAUAAUGAGUUCUAUGAUGUGAUAGGCAAGCCCCAGAAGAAUCAUCAUUUCCUCGAGUUGCACUUUCUUGAUCUGUCUUACAAUAAUUUCACAGGUGAGUUUCCACUUGAAUACAUUUUCUCUGGGAAUGGCAUGAGAAUCAGUCUAAACCAGCCCAAAUAUAUGAAGGCAGUCAUAUUUGUUUACAUUUAUUACGGUUCUAUAACUUCUAUAAUAGAUCCGUACUCAAGUACAAUAACAAAUAAAGGUGUGGAGAGAUACUUUCCAAAGAUUCGAGAAGACUUUACGGCCAUUCAUCUCUCAAGCAACAAAUUUGAAGGAAGGAUUCCUGAAUUUAUUGGGAACCUAAAAGGGCUUCGCUCACUCAAUAUGUCCAACAACAUUCUCACUGGUUCCAUCCCAUUAUCAUUGGGGAGCUUAACACAGCUUGAAUCAUUAGACCUCUCACACAACCAUCUCUCAGGAGAAAUCCCUCAACAACUAGGGCAGCUUACCUUCCUUGGAAAAUUUAAUGUCUCUCACAACAAUCUUACAGGUCCUAUACCACAAGGAAGGCAACUUACUACAUUCGAUAGCACUUCAUAUGAGGGAAACCCUGGAUUGUGUGGAGGUCCAUUGCAAAACAAAUACGGAGUUGCUAAGACCCCUCAACAGCCGCCUUCAAGCGUGGAACAAAAUGAUUCAGGCUCAGCUGGAGCAUUUGAAUUUGAUUGGAAAUUUGUUUUGGCGGGAUUGGGAAGCGGGUUGGUCGUUGGAGUGGUUCUUGCGGACGUUGCAAUCACAAGGAGGAAGGAGUUGUUUGUUAAGAUUGUUGGAAUGAUCAGACUGAUGAUAACCAAAGGGGAGAGCUGGGAAUGAAUAAAUUGAGUUUACAAAUUAGGCUUUGCAUCUGCUGUUGUUCUCUGUUUUCUCUGUGUUCUGUGCUUUUUUCCUUCUCCUUCUACCCUUUGUAGAGUCUGUAGUGCAGUCUGCAUUUCUGUUGAUGUUGGUC